AUGUUGAUGCUUCGAGUACAGUUCUAUAUGAUCGAAUUCACUGCCCCUACGCAACGGUUGAUGUUUCAGGAUGAUACCAUCUGUCCAUCGGAUGAGCGUUCAAUUGAAGUGAUCGAAACUAUGAUCAAUCAGAUCCGUACUCUUCACCCACAUUCAAAACGAAUACACGUUGGUGCUGAUGAAGCGUACCAUAUCGCCGAAGACGAUAGGUGCCGCACUCGUCUGACCCGAAUGGAUUUGGGCGAUCCAAGUAGAGCCAUAGAAAAGUUGAAACUUACUCAUAUAGCCAAGGUCGCCCGUCUUGCAAAGAGUGCCGGUUUCAAAGAGGUUUUUGCUUGGAACGAUAUGUUCGAUAAGUCACUGGUGGAAGAUAUGCGUGCAGCUGGAUUGGGAGAUUUAAUAACUCCAGUUGUAUGGGGGUAUAAAACUGAUGUUACUGAAGAAGGCUAUUUCCCACCAGGACUGUUUGAAAGAUUGUCACAGGUCUUCCCUGCCAUCUACUUUGCAAGCGCCUUCAAAGGAGCCCGUUCUAAAGGUGAAAACUUCAUCGACCUCGAUCGAUAUUUGCGAAAUCAUAUGUCCUAUGUGAAGCUAUAUAGAGAUCAUAAAGAUAGUAUCAGUGGGCGCGUUGGAGGUAUAAUUCUUACGGGAUGGCAACGUUACAUGCAUCAUGCACCAUUAUGCGAACUGUUGGCAAUCUCAACUCCAUCGUUAGUCACUGAUCUUGUAUAUAUUCAAGAUGUUACACGUGAUCGAAAUGAGAUGUGGAGCUAUGUAAGGGAUAUAUUGCACUGUCCAGACAAAAUGGAUCAGGUGGUAUCCGCGUCGACAAGAAUAGAAAAUAUGACGUAUAUUCCGCAUAGAGAUGCCUUUUUGAAAGUGUGCGAUUUCAAAGGGAAAGAGCUCUUUAAAUUGAUAAUGGAAGAUCUACAUAAGUUGGAAUGGAAGGUGGAGCGGUUCUGGGGCUGGUCAAAUAUGACAGCAGCUCUCAAUCAAGAAGUGGAAGACUUGUCUAACAACAUUGCCGCGGAACUGAAGAAGUUCUACUUCAGUCACGAUGUCAAUGAAUUUCUCAGUACGAAACUAUACAGCCUCAAGGAAAAGCUUUUACGACGGGUAGAUGACGAACGAGACAGUACACCAUUGUCAUUACGCCAGUAA